UCGUUUCGUUGGCCGGUUACGGACGUGUAGUUCGUUGCCCCCUCUCUUCGCGCUCCCGUUCCUCUGCACCGCUGCGCGCCCGCACGAUGGCCCACAAGCAGAUCUACUACUCCGACAAGUACUUCGACGAGCACUACGAGUACCGGCAUGUCAUGUUACCCAGAGAACUUUCCAAACAAGUACCUAAAACCCAUCUGAUGUCUGAAGAAGAGUGGAGGAGACUCGGCGUCCAACAGAGUCUAGGCUGGGUUCAUUACAUGAUUCAUGAGCCAGAGCCGCAUAUUCUUCUCUUUAGACGACCUCUUCCAAAAGAUCAACAAAAAUGAAGUAUAUCUGGGAUCGUCAAUUGAAUCUUUUUCAAAAUUUAAUGUAUAUGUGUAUAUAAGGUAGUAUUCAGUGAAUACUUGAAAAAUGUACAAAUCAUUCAUCCAUACCUGUGCAUGAGCUGUAUUAUUCACAGCAACAGAGCUCAGUUAAAUGCAACUGCAAGUAGGUUACUGUAGGAUGUUUAAGAUAAAAUUUCUUCUAGUCAGUUUUUCUCUUAAUAUAAGUGCCUGUUUGACUUGUUACUAUUGUUAAAUAAAGUUUGUAUGUUGCAUUUAAAAAAAAAAAA